UAUGCCCCCCAUUACAUUUUCCUGAUGAAUCGUAUCCAUAUUUCCCGCCGCCCACUUCUCAAAGGCUGCACGCGCUGUGAAGGAACCAGCGGGGACGACGACCCAAUCCCAUCCCUCCCCGUUCUCCACCUCCAUGAAGAUGGACUUCGAUGAAGACGAUCUUUCAUCCUUCACAGAUCUCGACGAUAAUGGCUUCCCCGUUUCGUCAUCGGUGGAUGAGGAAAGCCGCGGUGAAGAAGUUGAAGGGGGAAUGAGCUUACCGGUCGGUGAUGUCUGCUCGAGUACCAGCGAUUUCGCUAUCGAUUUCUAUCUGAGUGGAACGAAUUGGUCAGAGCUGGUACGGGAUGAGGGCGACGAGGUCCCGAAGAACGGGGAGAAGGUGAAGAAGGCCCUCGUCCAGCGGGAUCUCUUCCAAGUUUGGGGGAUCAGUAAAUCUUCGAAAAGGCCGGGGAUUAGCAUCCCCUCGACACCGAAGAAGAGGCAACGGAGUGUCAUUGAUGAUUUUGCGUCUGGUAGUGCUUUGGUCGGAGAAAGGAAGGGCGAGUGUAAUGGGCGUAAUCGACCCCGUUCCUGUCCGUUCUAUAAGAAGAUUCCAGGUACUUCUUUUACAGUAGAUGCCUUUCGUUAUGGUGCAAUUGAUGGAUGUUCAUCUUAUUUUCUGAGCCAUUUUCAUUAUGAUCACUAUGGGGGCUUAAGCAAAAGAUGGUCCCAUGGAAAUAUCUACUGCACUGACCUUACAGCUCGCUUACUGAGAAGUUGUCUUUCUGUAAAUCCACAAUACAUUUUCCCUCUUGAAAUUAAUGCAGAACAUGUCAUUGAAGAUAUUAAAGUGACUUUGCUAGAAGCUAAUCAUUGCCCUGGUGCGGCUCUGAUUCUUUUUCGCUUGAAGAAUGGAAAGUGCUAUCUUCAUACUGGGGAUUUCAGGGCAUCAAAAUCUAUGCAACUGUAUCCUUCGUUAGCCAAUCAUCACAUCGAUUUGCUUUAUCUGGAUACAACAUAUUGCAACCCCAAAUAUAGCUUUCCAUCUAAAGAUGAUGUUUUAGCUUUUGUUGUGAGGACAACUCUUAAAUUUUUAUCUAAGCAGCCAAAGAGUCUUAUUGUUGUUGGAGCUUACAGCAUUGGGAAGGAGCCAGUUUAUCUUGCUAUUUCGCAGGCUUUAGGGGUUCCAAUAUAUGCAAACGCUUCCAGGAGAAAGAUCCUGCAAUCAUUUGGUUGGCCUGAACUUUCCAAAAAGCUUUGUUCAUGCACAGAGAGUUCUCCACUUCAUGUUCUACCUCUUUCUUGCCUGCGUUAUGAGAACUUAAAAGAGUAUCUGAAAACUUGCAAGCAACAGUUCCAAACUGUUUUGGCAUUUCGUCCAACAGGUUGGACCUACUCUGAGAGCACUGCAAGCCAUCUGGAUCUAAUCAAACCUGUCAUUAAAGGUGAUGUCACCAUAUAUGGGGUUCCUUAUAGUGAACAUUCAAGUUUUACAGAGCUCAGAGAAUUUGUGAAGUUUUUGAAACCUGAGAAAAUCAUCCCAACGGUGAAUGCUGGCAAUGCUGCUAAUCGUGCCAGGAUGCAGUCCUACUUCAAGGAAUGGUUGAAAGUUUAAUGUUUUUAGUUAGACAUCUAAGCAUUGCUGAAGUUGAUUGGUAAGAGGAAUAGAGGAAUUACUCUUGUCAGGAUAGAAGUCAUUCGAAUAUAGCAGAUGUGUAAUUAGCUUUUGAUUAAUUUCAUCUGUUCAAUUAAGGUUUCGUUUGGGACGACUUUUUUAUUGUUUCUUAAAACAACUUUUUAGUUUAAAAAUUAAAAUUUUUAUGAUAGAAAGCUGCUUUAAGAAGCUAUAAGAAAGCCGUCCCAAACGAACCCUAAGCAUGCUAUGAUUCAUGCUUAAUCAUGUCAAUGUUGGUCUCAAUUGUAGAUUAUUCUUAAUGAGGCAGUUCAUCAGCAUUAAUCAUUAGUUUCUAACACAAAUUUGAUCAUUCAAUUUAUAUCACCAUUUAUGUUGUUUCAACUU